UUCCAAAUUCUCUGAAUUUCUAAAACCCUAAACAAAUCCAGAGAGAGAGAGAGAGAGAGAUGGAUGUUGAACAAGCAGGUUCUUCUCUCGAUUCGUUGAUAUCCUCAUUCAACACGCGCGUAGCAGAGCUUCAAGAACUUGUCAUUGCUCGUAACAUGUACCCAGCAAGCAGCGUCACUGAUUUAUCGGCGGUCGACACGGCAUUGAAGGCCAUGGAGCUUCAGGUCCAGCAUAUCAAAGAUCGCUUGCGUGAAGAGACAGAAGCCAUCCCCAAAGCCAAAAAACUCAUUGAGGCGUCACUGCGGCAGCAAAAGAAAUUGCAGAGCAUGUCUGUUUAUGUUCCUUCCCAUAUGCCUGAAAGAAUGACUCUUAUAAAUCAGGAAUCCAGUAAAUGUCUGCUGCCAGAAACAUCAAAACAAGAAAUUGGUAUCCGGUCAUUGAAUUUUGAGGAGCCUGCAAUAUUACCCAAAGAGAAAAAGGGUCGUGCCCCCCCACCAUUGUGCUACGUCACUUCUGAAGAGCUGGAUUCCUUAUCAUCAUACAUGAGAGGAAGGCUCACUCUAGACAAGAUCAAUGCAGCUAUUAAUGACAUGUCAACUUAUGCCGAAGCAAAUGCUCAACUUAUCACAGCCCCAAGAAAGAAGUUGACAGAAAAUAUGUUGGACAGAGCUCUGGAAUUACGAGAGAUCGCCACUACAGAAGGAGUGAAGGGCAAACACUUUUUCCUAGAAACUGACAUGAAAGGGCCUUCAAUGAAGCUUGACAACACUGGAAAAGCAAUACUAACUGUCCUUCGUCACCUUGGUAGGAUAAGCGAGACACGGAUUGGGCAUCACCGUGUGAUCAUUCUUUUAAAGCCUCAAUGAACGGCCAUGCUUCCACAAAUAUUAUACAAGUGAAUGUCUGCUUUCUUUCUGUUUUCUAAUUUUGUUUCUUUUUCCAGAAACUGUUAGCUAUGACUUUACAUAAGGGAAUGUAACCUGAACUAGUUAAAGUGCAGAAAAGCCAUGUAUGUGGAAGCUCCCUUUGAAGUUGAACACAAUAAAAUUGUAUUAACUUUUUGGAAGACAUAAGAGAAAUGUAUGCUUCCUUUGGGAUGUAAGUUGGCUUUUUGACUUUUUAAUUAUUUUAGCUUGGAGUUAAGUCUCGUUUAUGAGGUA